AUGUCCUAUGACAAGAGGCUCGUAGGUCGCCAAAUCGCCUAGCAACAACAAGUCUGCUAUUAGGGCUCACCUUCCUCACUCACCUCCCCCACAAACCCCUCAACCCAACCUCAACACAGCAGAAGCCCUUCCCCCUCGCCCUCUAUAACAAACUCCAAAAACAAAAUCCAAAAAAUGCAAAAAAAGAAGCCCUUGCAAGGAAGGACCCCGACAAACUCUGCAUCUCCUACCUACCCUUGGUUUCGGAGAAGUUGGUUUAUCUCGCAAAUAUGAGACAUGAGGUAGCUUUACCAACUGGGCCAUGGGACCCAGAUGAUAUGCUUUAA